UCCGCCUCCACUACUAUAUAUACCACAUGCCAUUUACAUUAAUCCCACAACAACUUCCAAAACAAGCAUGGCUUCUUUCAAAUCUGCUCUUUCACUGAUGCUGCUUGCUGUACCUCUUCUUGUUAUGGUUGCCUCUGCGGGUAACUUCAACCAGGACUUUCAAAUUACAUGGGGAGAUGGCCGAGCCAAGAUACUCAACAAUGGCCAACUUCUUACUCUCACGCUCGACAAAGCCUCUGGCUCUGGUUUCGAAUCCAAAAAUGAAUAUCUCUUCGGCAAAAUCGAUAUGCAGCUCAAGCUUGUUGCUGGAAACUCUGCUGGAACUGUCACCGCCUACUAUUUACGCUCAGAAGGAUCAUUAUGGGAUGAAAUAGACUUUGAGUUCUUGGGAAACCUGAGUGGUGACCCUUACAUUCUUCACACCAAUGUGUUCACCCAAGGCAAAGGAAACAGAGAGCAACAAUUCUAUCUCUGGUUCGACCCAACCGCUGAUUUCCACACCUAUUCCAUUCUCUGGAAUCCACAGCGCAUUGUUUUCUCUGUGGAUGGAACUCCCAUUAGAGAGUUCAAGAACAUGGAAUCAAUUGGCAUUCCAUUCCCAAAGAACCAGCCAAUGAGAUUAACCUCUAGUCUCUGGAAUGCUGAUGAUUGGGCAACAAGGGGAGGGCUUGUGAAGACAGAUUGGAGCAAAGCUCCUUUCACUGCUUCCUACAGGAACUUCAAUGCCGACAAGGCUUGUAUUUGGUCAAGGACUAAAAAAACAUCUUCGUGCAGCUCGUCAUCGUCAUCGUCAAGUUCUAAAAUACCUGGUAAUGAAUGGCUCACAGAAGAUCUCGACACAACGAAGCAGGAGAGGCUGAGAUGGGUGCAGAAGAACUACAUGAUCUAUAAUUACUGCUCUGACAUUAAGAGAUUUCCCCAGGGACUCCCUACUGAAUGCAAGUCGUAAAAUGAUCACUUGAAUGUACGAUGAAUUCUUUGAUCUAUGCUUCUGCUGUAAACUACUCAGUUACUCAAGUUAUUUUGUAUCUAUACAUUAUACAUUUUAAUAUAAUUAAAUAUUUCAUA